AUGAGCAGCUACAGGCAGCUGGAAGGCCAAGCAGAGAGUGGAAAGAGGCCCCAAAGGGCUCAAGAAGAUGAAGUUCUACUGAAAGUUAUAGAGAAUCAUAAAGCGAAUCUGAAGAGGAAGUUUGAGAACAUUUCUGAAGGUAUCAUCACACCUGGAGCUGAGACACACCUCAAUAAGAUCUACACAGAGCUCUACAUCACAGAAGGAGAGAGUGAAGGGGUGAAUAAGGAGCAUGAGAUUUGGCAGGUGGAGUCCGCAUCGAGAGUGCAAACCACAGAAGACAUACAAAUCAAUUGCAAUGACAUCUUCAAGCCUUUACCUGGACAGGAGAAGCAUAUCAGAACUGUGAUGACCAAAGGUGUGGCUGGCAUUGGGAAAACAGUCUCUGUGCAGAAGUUCAUUCUUGAUUGGGCUGAUGGAUUAGCCAAUCAGAAUGUGGACUUCAUAUUUCCGCUUCCUUUCCGUGAGUUAAAUUUGGUCCGCAAUGGUACUUAUACUCUCCACAACUUGUUGCUAGAAUUCCACCCUGAGCUGAAGGAGCUAAAUGAUGCUGAAAGAUUGACAGGCUGUCAGCUUGUCUUUGUCUUUGAUGGUCUGGACGAAAGCCGAAUUUCGCUUCAAUUCCAGUAUAUACCAAAAGUAUAUGACAUGACACACAAGGCCACAGUGGAUGUCCUGAUGGCGAGCCUCAUUCAAGGAUCUCUACUUCCCUCUGCACUCAUCUGGAUAACCUCACGACCAGCAGCAGCCAGUGAGGUACCUAGUGAUUAUGUUGACCAAGUUACAGAAGUGCGAGGAUUCAAUGACCCACAGAAAGAUGAGUAUUUCAGGAAGAGAAUCAGUGAUGAGAGUCUGUCCACCAGAAUCAUCUCUCACAUUAAGGAAUCCAGGAGUCUCUACAUCAUGUGUCACCUUCCAGUCUUCUGUUGGAUUGCAGCCACCGUGCUUCAGCAGAUGGUGCAACAAGACAAGACCCAAGACAUACCCAAAACUCUGACAGAGAUGUUCAUACACUUCCUGCUGAUUCAGACCCUCAGGAAAAAACAGAAGUAUCAAGACGGAAAUGAGGCAGAUCGGAUGAGUUUCCUGGAGUCACAGAAAGAAAUAAUAAUGAAAUUGGCAGAACUUGCUUUCCGAAACCUGGAAAAUGGCAGAGUCAUGUUUUACGAAGAAGACCUGCAGGACAGCGGCAUUAAGCCCAUUAACAUCACAGAGGCGUCAGAGUACUCUGGCUUGUGCACGAAGAUCUUCAAAGAGGAAUCUGUAUUUCAGCAGAAGAAGGUGUACUGUUUCGUUCACCUGAGCAUCCAGGAGUUUCUGGCUGCCCUGCAUGUUUUUGUGUCUUACACCCACCUGAUGGAGAGUGUAGGGACUUUCUUCUGCUUGGAGGACAGCCUCAAGCGGGCAGUAGGCAAAGUGCUGGACAGCACAAACGGACACCUUGACCUUUUUCUGCGGUUCCUGAUGGGGGUUGCUCUGGAGACAAAUCAGAGACUUUUGACAGGGCUGCUGAACCGGACACACGAUACUACGGACAGCAUCAAGGAGACAUGCCAGUACAUUAAAGGGCUGAACAAGGAGCAUUUAUCACCCGAGAGAUGCAUCAGUCUGCUGCAGUGCUUGUCUGAAGUGAACGAUGACUCCAUACUGAAAGAAAUUCAGCAGUACCUCCAGUCGCCUAAGGACUUCAAACAGAGGUUAUCUCCUGCUCACUGUUCAGCCAUUGCCCAUAUGCUUCUGCUGUCUGAGAAAGUUCUGGAUGAGUUUGACCUAAAGAGCUACAACACAUCAGAUGAGGGACGCAGGAGACUGCUACCAGCUGUAAGGUGCUUUAGGAAGGCAAGGCUAAACGCAUGUAAACUUAGCCAGCGGACGUGUGGAACUGUGAAGAGAUCCCUGCUGUUUGCUAAUCACUUGGUGGAACUGGAUCUCAGCUGCAAUGUCUUGGGGGACUCAGGAGUUGCUGCAGCUCUAUCGGGCCAUCAUAGUCACCUGCAAAUCUUGAGACUUAGUGACUGUGAAUUGAGUGACAAGUGCUGUCAGAUUGUCGUCUGCAUACUCAAGUCAACAAACUCUAUAAUGGAGCUGGACCUGAGUCAUAAUGACCUGGGGGAUUCUGGGGUUGAGCUUCUCUCCAACGAGCUGGGAAGGUCGCGAUGCAGACUGCAGACAUUAAGACUGUCUGGUUGUCUCAUCUCAGUGGAAGGCUGUACAUUUCUGGCCGCAGCACUGACCUCCAACCCUUCUCAACUGAAACAGCUGGAUCUGAACUACAAUCAUCCUGGAGAAUUAGGCGGGGAGCUUUUAUCUUCUAAACUGGAGGAUCCUCUCUGUAAACUGGAGUCACUCAACAUUCUCCACUGUGCAGAAAUUAGACUGAGACCAGGCGUGCGGAAAUAUGCCUGUGAUGUUAUACUGGAUCCCAACACGGCCAAUAGAAGCCUCUCUCUCUCUGAAGAGAACACAAAGGUGUUGUGUGUGAAAGAUGAGAAGCCAUAUCCUGACCAUCCAGACAGAUUUGAUGACUGGCAGCAGGUGUUGUGCAGAGAGGGUCUGUCUGGACGGUGCUACUGGGAGGCUGAGUGGGGUGGGGAUGGAGCUCGCAUAGCAGCAGCAUACAAAAGCAUGAACAGGAAAAAACGCAACAACCAUAGCCUGGUGGGGUACAACCCAAACUCCUGGACUUUAGACUGCUCAGCGUCUUCCAGCACCUUCUCUGUGUGGCACGACAAUAAGCGCACCGAGGUGCCUGCCACCUCCUCCCGCUCCAGAAGAGUAGGAGUGUACCUGGACUGGCCGGCCGGCACUCUGUCCUUCUACAGCAUCUCCUCUGGCACACUCACACACCUGCACACCUUCCACUCCACCUUCACUGAGCCCCUCUAUCCUGGGUUUAGGAUUACAUAUGUUGACUCCACAGUGUCCUUGUGUCACAUUACUUGACAACCACACACGCACACACACACACACAGAGUUGCACAUUUCAAACUUUAACAGAGUUACUGAAAACAUUCCCACCUGUAAUCCGAUGUCCAUUCACCAGUUUCAGACUAGGGUGCAUCAAACAUUAAUGUUAAAGGGUGGCACAAUAGAGGCUUGCAAUUUUGAACUGCAGUGAAAGGGUGUUUUAGAUUAGAAGGUUAAAGGUGUGUUUUGAGGUUGUUGUGAUCAAAACUAGUAAAAAGAAUAAUUUGAGAGAGUGUUCCAGUUGCACCAUAAGCAAAGCUGAGGGUUGGCUUUUAAAGUGACUGUUAUGAUUCCUGCCACAAUAAUGCUCUAUAAUGAUGAUAGUCAUGGGUAAACAGUUAGGUCGUCAGACUUGUAGCCCAAAGGUUGCCGGUUUGACUCCCGACCCUCCAGUUGGUGGGUGGAGUAGUUAACCAGUGCUCUCCCCCAUCCUCUUCCAUGAGGUCUCCUGAGCAUGGUACCGUCCUGCCACACAACUCCCUUUGGGCGCCAUUGGGGGCUACCCCCUUGCACGGGUGAGGCAUAAAUGCAAUUGCCGUUGUGUGACCCUGGCUCAAGAUGGCAGGCAAAAUACAUUUUCUGCUGGCAUAGAUGGUAACCAUUUAGACCAAGUAUUCCAACUACGUUUACAAGUUUCAGUUUGAAUGUGAAAUGUACUGAACGUGCAGUGUUUUUUUUACCACAUGGAACUAGUGUUGCUUGAGUGUGCAGUGUUUUUGGUCAUUGAUUCGGGUGAAGUAUUCAAUG